UUUUUUCUUUUUUCUUUUUUCUUUUUUUUUUACUUUUUCUUUCUGAAUUGUUUGUUUUUUAAAAAAGAGAGAUAUUACUGAAAUGGGGGAAGAUAUAUAUAGUCAGAGAUGGGAUUGAUUAUUUAGCUUUUGUCUCAGAACAAACAUAGAAUAGAUAGAGAGACUCCUCGAAGAAGAAGAAGUAGAAAAGCAAAGCAAAGCCCCCACCUUCACGCGAAGAAGAAGAAGAAGAAAGAAGAGAAUAAGCUAUAAGAAAGAGAUAUAGUUGCUGCUGUCCCCCUUUCCUUGGACUGAUUCGAUUCAUCAGCAUCUUUCUUUUUUAUAUAUACAUCUCCUAGAGAGGAAAGAAGAAGAAGAAGAACGCAAUCAAGCUGCUGCUGCUGGGUGAUGGGUUUCUUGAUGAAUUAAAUCUUAAUCCUUUGUCUCUCUUAAUUCAUCAUCAUCUCUGUCCUGUGUGCUGCGCUGUUUCUUUCUUUCUUUCUUUCUUUUUAAUUAUCAUUGAAGAGUCCGCCUUCUUCUUCUUCUUCUGCUUGGCUUGGGGUAUCUUCUUUCAUGCCGUUUGUGUGCUAGCGUUAAUUACUUCCACCCUUUAUAUCCUUUUCCCCUAUUUCCUCUUUUUUUUCAACCUCAACAACAACAACAACAACAAUGGCCGUCCAAGCUCAAUGCCCAUCCAAUAUCCUCUUCCUUAACAGAAACGUACAGGAGUCUAAGAAUACUAAUACACUCGGGAACAACAACAACGACUACACAUUACAGUCACGCGGCGGUGGUGGUGCUGGUGGGUUUGUCACCGAUCAAUCUCACAUGGUUCUCAACAAUGGAGUUAUGGGGAUUAAUCCAAGGAAGAGAGGAAGAGAAACUCUAGGGACUCCUUCCCAAAUCAGUCCAUUCUCCAUUCAAAACCAACCCUCCUCUCAGAAUCAUAUCAUUGAUCUCUCCCAGAUUCAUACUUCUCCCCCGCACAACGUCGUGUCCACCGGUCUCCGUUUAGCCUUCGGCAAUCAACAACAACAACAAUUACAUCAUCAGCAACAACAACAACAUCAACACCAACAAUCUAUGUCUACCACCCAGUCCUCUGUUCUGUUCUCUCUUCUAUCAGAAGAAUUGGCAGCACAGAUUCGACAGCAAAGAGACGAUAUUGAUAACUUCCUCCAAGUUCAGGGAGAACAGUUGAGGCGCACAUUAGCGGAGAAAAGACAGAGACACUACAGAGCGCUUCUCGGCGCGGCGGAGGAGUCGUUAGCUCGACAGAUGAGAGAGAAAGAAGUAGAAGUGGAGAAGGCUUUAAGGCGUCACGCCGAGCUAGAGGCUCGUGCUUCUCAGCUAGGCGCCGAGACUCAACUCUGGCAGGCCCGAGCUAAGGCGCAAGAAGCUGCGGCUAUAUCUCUACAGGCUCAGCUCCAACAAGCCAUGAUGAAGAACUGCAAUGCACCACCACCCCUCGGCUGCUCCGUUGAGGAAACAGGAUGCGAAGCGGCGGCGGCGGCGGAGGACGCAGAGUCGGCUUAUAUUGAUCCUGACCGAGUCGUGGUGACCGAGUCAACUGGGAAUGGACCGAUUUGUAAGGCGUGUAGGAAACGAGUUGCCUCGGUUGUACUUUUGCCGUGUCGGCAUCUUUGUUUGUGCAGUGCAUGUGAUGCCAUGGCUCCUCCUCAUUCUUGCCCUCUCUGUUCAUCUUUUCGAAGCUCAAGCGUUGAGGUUUUUCUUUCUUAAUGGGCCCUGGGCCCAAUCACUGAAAGGAAAUAUCAAAGCCCAUUAAGAGUGGUGGGACCAACCAGCUUAAGUGUUGUUUUGCGGAGUAAGGAAGAAAGGACAAGACAGGAAAAGGAGCCAUCCAUCAUCUAAAAUAAGAAAACCAAAUUAAAUUUUUAAAUAAUCUAUGAAUAUAUAUUAUUAUUAUUAUUAUUAUAAAAUAAUAUUUUAAUUAAAAAUCAUCACCUUCUAUAUUUAAUUUCUCUUUUGUUCACUUCGCCCCCCAAAGACUUUUAUGUGUUUCACAUUUGGCCAUUAUGUUUGGUGGGUAGUAGUGUUUCUUUAUUUCUUUCUUUGAUAUCAUCAUCAUGUACAUUGACUACCAUGAGAAGUGACAUUUCCUUUUUUGCCCACCUUA